AUGGCUAUAACAGCUUCUAUUCAUAAUCACCUAUCUCAAAACAAACAAACACUAGGCCAAGAAGCCAUGGUUGUGCCCAAUGGUGAUGCCGAUUUUGACCCUAGUGCUCCUCCACCUUUCAAGAUUGCAGAAAUUAGAGCUGCGAUUCCAAAGCAUUGUUGGGUCAAGAGUACUUGGAGAUCUCUCAGUUAUGUUGUUAGAGAUGUCUUGGUUGUUGCUGCAUUCAUUGUGGCUGCAAUUCGGUUUGAUAGCUGGUUUUUUUGGCCUAUUUAUUGGCCUCUUCAAGGAACUAUGUUUUGGGCGAUUUUUGUUCUUGGACAUGACUGUGGCCAUGGAAGCUUCUCUGAUAGUUAUUUUGUGAAUAGCUUGGUGGGCCAUGUUUUGCACUCCGCAAUUCUUGUUCCAUACCAUGGAUGGAGAAUUAGCCAUAGGACACAUCAUCAAAACCAUGGAAAUGUUGAAAAGGACGAGUCAUGGGUGCCGUUGACAGAGAAGGUUUACAAGAGUCUAGACAGCAUGACAAAGUUUGUGAGAUUCACUGUGCCUUUACCAAUGUUUGCAUAUCCAAUUUAUUUGUGGAGAAGAAGUCCUGGAAAAUCAGGUUCUCACUUUCAUCCAGAUAGCAACUUGUUCUCAUCCAAUGAGAGAAAAGAAGUGACACUUUCAACAGUUUGUUGGUUUCUCAUGUUUUCUUUUCUUCUCUAUUUGUCCUUCACAACUAGUCCAAUUUUAAUUCUCAAGCUCUAUGGUGUUCCCUAUUGGAUAUUUGUAAUGUGGUUGGAUUUCGUCACAUACUUGCAUCACCAUGGUUAUACCGAGAAAUUACCAUGGUACCGUGGCCAGGAAUGGAGUUAUUUAAGAGGUGGCCUUACAACAGUUGAUCGUGACUAUGGUUGGAUUAACAACAUUCAUCAUGAUAUUGGCACUCAUGUUGUUCAUCAUCUUUUCCCUCAAAUCCCUCAUUAUCACUUGGUUGAAGCGACAAAAGCAGCAAAACCAGUGUUUGGAAAAUAUUACCGUGAGCCAGAAAAGUCAUCACCAAUUCCAUUUCAUCUAAUAAAAUACCUAGUACAAAGCAUGAAACAUGACCACUUUGUAAGUGACACUGGUGAAAUUCUGUUUUAUCAAACCGAUCCUGAGCUGAACAAGAAUCACCAUGACUAA